AUGGCUGAAAGAGUGUUCUCGAACGUUGUUCGCAACCCGAUUUUCCGCCCGAGCCGCGUUCGUCUUCGCCACCAGCAGCUCCUAGUGCGGCGCGCGCAUCAUGGCUGCCUGCGGACAUUGUACCGCGGGGAGGAGUGUCUGAACGACGUGCAGAUCAAUGCCCUGCUGGCGUUUGAUGCGCGGCGCUACCUUAUCCGCGCCAAGGAGCGCAUUGAGAAGUUCAACAGCUUCUGCUGCAACGUGCAGUCCAUCUUCGCUGAUAUUGCCUUCACUCACGCCAAGACGCGGCUGGGAGCGCAGUUCAGUCCGGCGAUAGAGAGAGCGCAGAGCUCGCAGUAUAAGGAGGCAGCGGAGGAUCUCAGGCGUUCCAAGUGGUGCCGCAAGCACGAGCAGGUGUGCCGGGCGGACACCCGAGCCAUGGAGGAGGGCUGUCCCACUGCUGCUGUCAGCGGCAGCCGCAAGGUGGGAGAGUCAUGGCUUCCUGCAGACAGUCUGACGUGUGUGCCGGCGACCACAACAGUGAUGGAGCGCAGUGAGGGGCGCAGCCGCUGUGCGUACGACAGCCGCCUUGGCUACCGCGCUAUCGGUGUGGGCUACAACCUCGACGACAAGUCUGAUGAGCGCAUGCGCGAGAUCGCCACCAUCCUUGCCGACUACGACAAGCUGUACAGUGGGGAGGCGUGUCUGAAUGAUCUGCAGAUCAACACGCUGCUGGCGCUCGAUGCCCGACGCUUCCUGCUGCGUGCGGGGGAGAGUGUGAAGGCCCUCGACAACUUCUGCUGCAAUGUCCAGGCUGUGUUUGCAGAUAUUGCCUUCACCCACAGCAAGAGUCGUCUGGGAGCUCAGUUUGACCCCACCAUUCAGAAGGCAUCUUCAUUUCAGUGGAGGGAGGCGGCAGAGGAGCUGAGGCAGUCAAAGUGGUGCCGCAAGAACAAGGAUGCCUGCACCGUGGAUACCCAGCAGCUGGAGGAGGGGUGUUCCUCUGUGGGUGAUAACGCAGUCUACGUGUCCCUCGGGUGUCCCGUGUUGGACCAUUUUCUCAGAGGCGGCCUGCGAGCCUGCCAGGUGACGGAGCUCGUGGGAGAGGCGGCGAGUGGCAAAACCCAGCUAUGCUUGCAGCUGGCUCUGGCAGUGCAAGCACCUGUGUCAACACCCUCUCAGGCACCCGCCCAACCGUUGCUCGCAUCCUCUGGUUCUCCUAACGCAUCACGAGGUGCAGCACUGUACAUAUACACUGAUGGUCGCUUCCCCACCAAACGACUCUUCCAGCUCGCCAACAGCAGCCGCUUCCAAAACCUGCUUGAAUCAAAUUCCCCUGGUGCUGUGAACAGCAACGGCGUGCAGACAUGUGAUACCAUCAGGAGCACCGGUGACUAUAAACCUGCGAUCAACAUCAACCAGGGAAGUGAUCGUGGCCAUCCAUGUGACCACGUGUUCAUUAAGGAGAUCCCAACCGUCCAGGAGCUGACCCAGUGUUUGGAAGGAGAGCUGCAUGUGGAGCUCGUCCGUGCCAGAGCCCAUCCCAUCCGCCUUCUCAUCAUUGACUCCAUCGCCUCGCUGUUCCGUUCGGAGUUCGACAACUCACGCGACGACAUGUGUCAGCGCACCACCAUGCUCUUCCGCAUCGCAUCUGCUCUCAAGCAUCUUGCAGAUCGGUAG